AUGACCUUUAGCAUUAUCUUCGGUCUCUCGAAGUCUUUGGCAAUGGUAAUACUUGCGCGCGCAUGUAUUGGUCUGGGGAACGGCAAUGUGGGUAUUACUAGAACCAUCGUGGCAGAAUUGGUCCCCGAGAAGGAGCUUCAGCCCCUUGCCUUUAGUUUGAUGCCCCUUGUCUGGACAGUCGGAAGUAUAUUUGGCCCUGCCUUUGGUGGCGCGCUGGCGAAUCCUGCGAAAAAGCAUCCUGAUCUUUUCGGUCGCAGCGAGUUCUUCAAGAAGUACCCAUUUGCUUUACCGAAUAUGGUCGCAUCCAUCUUUUUUAUUGUCGGAAUUGUGACUGGAUUUUUGUUUCUUCGAGAAACAUUAGAGUCGAAGAAACAUAAACGUGACUAUGGUCUGUUGCUUGGUGAUGCGUUGGUAAGCGCAUGCCGUGGCCGACGAAAAAACACAAAACAAUCAUUAGCUACUGACGACGAGAGGACACCGCUUCUCAACGGAGAUACAGCCUUUCCUUCGGGCAGAAAGAAGAACAAGAAGCAUGAAAUUCAAUCCCGAGACCUUUCAUGGGCAGAAAUUUUGUCGCCACAGUCUCAGCUUAUUCUCCUUUCGAAUGCCCUUCUGGGCUUGCAUAGCUUGGCGUUUGAUUCCGUAUUUCCCGUUUUCCUUAAUUAUCCCGUUGAAGAAUCAGGAGGUAAUAUGAACUUACCAUUCAAGUUCUCUAGCGGGUUUGGAAUAGGUGAGUAG